UUUACGGGAGGUGUUAUUGGUUUAGCUAACGGUAAUGUUAGCUUUUUCUUGGUAGCUACCCAGCCUGCUAGAUACCUUGGAAACUUAAUGGGGAUGGAUGGACGGGUAGCCUACCUAGCUACUACGAUCAUAAACUGCUAACGUUAUCCCGCUGUCUUGGUUGACUAGCCAAUGUUAAUCUAGCAAGUUAGCUAUCGAGUUAGUUGUGCACCGUUAUUUUAAUAGGAUGGCCAGUAAGAUUACCAUAAUAUCCAAGCAGUCAGCAGGAACAUUUGAGAAAUCGAAUUUAAUCUCAGAGAUAUCAGUACUAACAAUGUCUUUGAAUUGACCAAAGUAGUGAAUUGGACAGCACUUACUGGGAAAUAAAUCGGAAUGGAUGACAUGCACUUCCAGAAUAGCUAGCGCGAGAUUGCUAGCUAUUAGCUUGUUGAUAAUCGCCUUUGCCUUAGAGUGACUUAUUUGGUGGCACGUUUAUGAUCAUUUCACGGAAUGCAAUGUAACUUGUUUAUUGUUAUCAUCUGCGAAACAAUAUACGCGCAGCCAACAGUCUUAUUUUACCAGGCAUCAUUCUCACGAGUGGCCUGCCUGCGCGUCAUGGAUUAAGAAUGCGGUGCUCUGAAGGACGUGAUUCCUCCCCCCCUCUUUCAGAAGACCGCUUAAUGUUUAUAACAAACUUCCUUGCUGCGAGCUCAGACAAUUAUGUUGGCAAGCCUAUUGCAAUUAAGUAAACUAUUUGUCUUGUCUACGUUCUGCAAACAGUAACCUAGCUAUAUUAUAACGUCAGUGUGGGAUACUGUAUCAAUGACUAACUUAUAACAAGAACUGGCUACCACCAGUUGACUCGAUCACCUUCAUAUCUCUGGUUCUCUACUUGCCAGAGUUAGCCAGAUGAGCAACACUGCGCCUGGCCAUUCAUAGUUGGCGUGUGGUAUGAUUGUGUAGCUGUAAUAACAUUCCAUGCGCGCGUAUUCGGUUAUAUAUAUUAGAUGAAAAUAUUAGAUGCCUUAAAGCCUUACUAUUUAGAGUGCUCAAGGAAGUAUCUUUUCAUUUAAUGUUUUGAUGGUUUGUCUUCGAUUAGUUAGGGCCAUAUAUAAUAUCUGCCAGAGCAGGUCAACUGAAAGGUGCAUUCAUGACUUCAUGCGAGUCAAGAGUAGACGGGAUCAAUUCAAAGCCAGUGUGGGCAGGAAACAACAGAAUGGCAUCCCUCCUUGACGAAGCCGGCAAACUAGGCUGGAUUCUAUUCAAGGCGCUAAUACGUUUCGCCUUCAUGUUGUUAAAUAACUGUGUUGCUAUCCCAUCCUAUUGCCUCUACUUAAUUGCGUUGCAACCUUUGAGAAUAAUGGACAGCCGUACUUUCUGGCAAAUCGAAGGACUAAUGUUCAAGUGGCUACUAGCGAUGGUUUCCUCUUGGGGAUGGGUGGCAGGCUACACAGUGACGGAAUGGGGGGACGACGUGAAGCCCAUCUCGGAGGAAGAGGCCAUGGUCAUCGUCAACCACCAGGCCACAGGAGAUGUCUGCACCCUCAUGAUGUGCCUGCAGGACAAGGGCAUGGUGGUGCGGAAGAUGAUGUGGCUGAUGGACCACGUGUUCAAAUACACAAACUUUGGCCUGGUGUCCUUGAUCCACGGUGAUUUCUUCAUCAGACAGGGCAAAGCGCACCGGGACAAGCAGCUGGUGUACCUGAAGGACCACCUGGACAGGUUCUACUACAGCCGCGAGCGGAAGUGGAUCGUGCUCUUCCCCGAGGGCGGCUUCCUGCGCAAGCGGCGGGAGACCAGCCAGGCCUUCGCCAAGAAGAACGAGCUGCCGCACCUGACGCACGUCACCCUGCCGCGCCUGGGCGCCACGCAGGUCAUCCUCAAGACGCUGGGGCCGCAGCAGGAGAACGGCACCCUGGGAGCCGGAGACGCCUCCGCCACCACCGGACCGACAGUAGGCAGUAAAUCCAGGGGUCUGCAGUGGGUGGUGGAUGUGACUAUAGGCUACCCUAAGGCCAGACCCAUGGACAUUCAGACGUGGAUCUUCGGCUACAGGCAGCCCACAGUCACACAUGUGCACUACAGGAUCUAUCCCAUAAAGGAUGUUCCCAUGGAAACCGAGGCCCUGACAGACUGGCUGUAUCAGAGGUUUGUGGAGAAGGAGGAACUCUUGGCCCAUUUCUACAAGACAGGAGCAUUCCCACCCGUCCAUGGUCAGACGGAAGCAGUGUCGCGCCCCAUGAUCCUUGACCCCAUGUGGCUGUGUGCCGUCCAAACGGGGGCCUUCGCCUCGGGCUACAUGUGGUACAGCCUCCUGCAGCACGCCUACUGCUGGUUCUUCUGAGGGAAGGGGUGGACACGUAGAGGUCGAGUGGAAAGGAGGACAACCGAAGAGGAGGAGGACGACUGGGAACUGACUGACUGACUGACUGUCCAAACUGGCUCUGGGACGUGUGUCCAGAUCCAAGCAGCCAUUCAUGGGCCUCUGCAUAUCUGUGCUGGACCCUGCCCUGGAUGGAUGAAUGUACAUUACCCAUUAGCUGAGAAGCAAGAUGGACUGCUAAAGGACGUCAGGAAUCGUGUUUUAUUGUUUUUAAUUUUUGUUUACUUGUCUUAUGUCUGUUUCCCCCCAGUUUCCUCAAAACACACAUACUGAUUCAGACUAAAAAGAGGGAUGGACAGACACAUCAAUACAAGGACAGACAUAGAAACUAUAGUCUUGUUUACUCACACAUGAAAACAUGUAUUGUUUACAUGAUGACACAUACGUGUGCGCACACACACGUCCUGCAGUUCAUCUUAGAUACACGAACGAGGCUCAAGUUGACUGACAGAGGGUGGACUAACCGGAUUGGACGAACUCACGCUCUCCACUCCCACCCUGGUGGUUUUUUUGUUGUUGUUGUUGUUGUUGUUGUCACAACUUAGGCGUCUUUCAACUCCACCUGAGUUUUCAAAACCUGCCACCUCCACUCUUCUCUCCGUCUCUCCCUCCCUCGCUCCGUGUGUGUGUGUGUGUGUGUGUGUGUGUGUGUGUGCACCAGCCUGGAGAGCUGGUCCUCGGGCUGCGCAUAGACAUCCUUCUUUAGUCCGCCCCCGUCUGGUCUCAGCUGGAGGGGGACGAGGCUCCCAGUCCAACCUCUUCUUCCGGCUUUGACCUCUCUCUCUCCCCCUCUCCCAGGAGCUGACCCUGGUGUGGGUCAAAGGUCAGAUCAGGGAGCGCUCUGUCCAGGAGUCAGGUGCUUCCUGGGAUUGCACUAAGGACAAAUGCUGCCCAUACCUAGCCCCACAUCUGUGCUUGUCCUGACAUUUCUUUUUUGUUGUUUGGUUUUGUUUUUCGUUGCCCUUGGAUUAAUUGGAUAUGUCUACUGCUUUAAGUUUUUGUUGUUGUUAAUGUUUCUGGAUGUAUUGUUUUCCUGAAUGUUUGUUUGUUUGCUUUGACAGUAUUGUGAACAGAGUAGGCGUUGUUUUGUUUUACACUGGCUGUUGUCUGGCUCUGCAGCGUUUGGGUUUAGGAGUCGUUGUCGUAGUUUUUCUGGGGCGUCUUGGUCUUUCAAGACCGAGACGUCUGGUUUGGAAUACGUCUGUGACCGCGAGUCUCAAGACGGUCUGGUCUCCACAGAGCUGAUGAAGGAACUCACUGAUGGCCUGUGGAACUCCGUCCCCUUAACCCAACCCUAAGCACACACACACACACACACACACACACACACACACACACACA